GAAAAGGGGGAGGGGAGUGGUUACAAGCCCCAAUUUUAACAAAUGAACUCGUAACAUGUAUGUGAUCUCCACAGGAAAAUUGCAUUCCUUUUGCUCUGUUCUUUAUUCUCACAUUUUACAAUGUCUGAACCCUGUUAUACGGACUUUAGACUAACUCACACACGCACACACACGGAAAGGGAACAUUUUUAGCGAAAAGAAUGUUUUGCGCGGGUACGUUUUACGUAUUACCGAUGGUAACAGUUCUAACUAUGACUCCAGCAGCAAAUAGACCUAUUUCACUAGGUUACAGUCGAGAAUAGGCUUUUUAUUUUCAACCAAAUAGGCUAUGUUAUACUGAGGUUUUUACUCUAUGACUCACUGUCUUGUGGUGUGCUAUACCCUUUGGCCUCGAGUGGAGGGGACGCAUAUAGGACGUUAUUGCGUCAUGGUGUGAAAUACAUGCACAACAAGGACAUUAGAAGGGUGAAAAAUGUCUGGUCUAUUUUUGGGUCACGACGUAAAAAAGUAAAUAUAUGAUGCCAUAUCUUCUAACAUAAUUAGAGCCACCAAGUUUUGAGUGCAUGGAAACAUAUCAUAUAAAAUGAAAGAAUAUUAUACUGGUGGCCCACGCCACUGACUAGCCACAUUGCUGAGUUAAAGAAAUUUUCAAGCAGACUGUUCCCUUUUUGGGUCACAUCGGGCUGGUUAAAAUUAAAAUCAACAUGUCUUAUGUUUUUAAUAAAGAGGAAAUUGAGGAAGUAGUUGCACUUUUUUUCUCCCAUAAAUGUUUUCCUUUCUGCAAUGUCUUCAUUCUCCCUUCGCAGGACAUUGUCGAACUAGACCCUCGGAAUGAAAACUUGAUGCACAUGGUGAAUAGCAAGUUCAACAAGGCAUAUACGUUGACAGAAAUUCGGCGUAUGAAACAUAAAUUGAAGUCUGGUCGUGCCCGUGGCGACGUGGAUGAUUUGUUGGACAAUUUGGAGGGGCUGCAGUCCCAUGGACAAGUGAAGGUGCAGAUUUCUGACAAUGGGAAUGGGAGAUUGGUUGAUAUUGUUGCCUUUUCGACAUCCCACAUGGUCAGCUUGUUUCACAAGUACCCGGAUGUGAUAUACAUGGAUGGAACCUACAAGACCAACAAGUGUGGCUAUCCACUGUACCAGGUGAUGGUGGAGGAUGGUUGUGGCAGAGGACGGGCAGUAUUUUAUGCCUUUGUGCGCCAGGAGAAUGCGGACAUCUUGGCCAAGAUGAUGCAGAUAUUUGUGGAGUUUAUGGGAGAGUCUGUAAAUCGUACCAUGUAUGCAAUGACAGACAAGGACCCCAAUGAAAUUAAUGCUAUAAAACAAUACAUGCCUAAUGCUUCAACUAUGCUUUGUGCAUUCCAUGUGCACAAGGCUAUGAAAGCGAAGCUACAGAAGCUGCAAUGCGCAAAAGAGGUGAAGGACCGCCUGCAGCAGCUGGCCCAUGUCCUUGUCACCACGAAUGACAUUGCUACAUUUAAUAGAAAUGUCACUGAAAUCAUGUCGUUGUCUCAUGUAUUUUAUGAUUAUAUUGCCAACCACUGGCUUAAUUGUGUUGAGUCUUGGGCUUACCAUGCCCGCCUCCACAACCGUCUCUACCUCAAUGAUACCAACAACAAGUGUGAGGGGGAGAACAGAAGGCUGAAAGAGAUUCUUAACAGCAACACUUCCAUGUCAGAGGCUGUCAAGAAGCUCUUUCAGCACUCUGUGACCCAGCUAUUUGAUGUUAAAGCUGCCUCGGCAGUCGAAAUAAUGUCAUCGUUUCAUUUUCGUGACGCCAAUCCGAGAUGGCAGGGUUUAUAUUCUGUUUUUUCAGCACAUGCUGUACAGUUGAUGCUGGAAGACCAUGUCUCAUUCCCUGUUCCUGUUGAUGGUUUUGACUGUGUGGAUGCUUCUGGUGUUCGUUACCAUGUUUGUGGUCGUCCUUUGUCCUGUGCUUGUCCGUUUUUUUGUCAAACUUCUCUGCCUUGUUGUCACAUGCUGUCAAUCUUUGCCGAGUCCUUUAAUGUUGCUGAGGCUGAUUUGUAUGCUCCUGACAACAGGUGGCUUAAAAUAAACGUUGUUCAGGAUGUUCCCCUUCCUCAAGUGGCACCAGUAACUGUGUGUCCAAUUGUAGGGCCAGAAGCAAGACACCACCGGACUGAGGCUGUUCUUGCCAGGCUGUCAUGCCUUCUUAAAAUGAGUGGGUCUCUGGAGUUCCAGGAAAGAAUUGAGAAGGUAGAAAGGGUGGUGCAAGCUUGGGAAGAUGGGAGGGGUUGUGCCGUAUUCGAUGUGCAGUUGGGUCAAGACAUGCCUUUGGUAGAUGGGGAUGGUGCAGUGCUAGGAGAUGAGGGUGGUGUGGUGGUAGGGGAUGAGGUAAUCAGGGAUGGUGCGGUGGUAGGGGAUGAGGUAAUCAGGGAUGAUGCGGUGGUAGGGGAUGAGGUAAUCAGGGAUGGUGCGGUGGUAGGGGAUGAGGUAAUCAGGGAUGGAAGGUCUGGAUUGGUCAUCUCGAUUGAUACUUCUGGUCAGUACAGUCUGCAGGUCAAUGGCGUCACAUGGUUGACCAAUGGAGAUACGUUCUUCCGGUCGGACGGCAAGCAGUUCUCAACAGCGGACAGCUCCUUAAAGCACAGCCUUUGA